AUGGCAGCCCUCCUCCUGACCCCCCGCCUCUUCCUGGGGGUCGGGGCCCUGCGGGGGCCCGGGACGCCCCGCGCCCGCCCACUCGCGGGGAGACUCUACGCCGCCCACGCGGCCGCCGCCGCCGCCCAGGAAACCAAGUCCUUUGCGGUGGGCAUUUUCAAGGGCCAGAUCAUUACGGAACAAGUCUUCCCUUAUCCUUCCGUUCUGAACGAGGAGCAGACGCAGACUUUGCAGGAGCUGGUGGGCCCCGUCGCCCGCUUCUUUGAGGAGGUGAACAACCCGUCGCGCAACGACGAGCUGAGCCAGGUGCAAGAAAAGACCAUGCAAGGGCUGAAGGAGAUGGGGGCCUUCGGCCUGCAGAUCCCCACGGCGCUGGGGGGCCUGGGGCUCACCAACACCCAGUAUGCCCGCAUGGUGGAAAUCGUGGGGAUGCACGACCUGGGUGUGGGCAUCACCCUGGGCGCCCACCAGUCCAUCGGCUUCAAGGGUCUCCUGCUCUACGGUUCCCAGGAGCAGAAGAAGAAGUACCUGCCCAAGCUGGCAUCAGGUGAGACCAUCGCCGCCUUCUGCCUGACCGAGAACACCAGCGGCUCCGACGCUGCCUCUAUCAGGAGCAGAGCUGAACUCAGCCCCUGCGGCACCUACUACACCCUCAACGGGAGCAAGCUCUGGAUCAGCAAUGGCGGCAUUGCCGAUAUCUUCACCGUUUUUGCCAAAACGCCGCAGAAGGACGAGACGGGGAAGACAAAGGACAAGAUCACGGCGUUCGUGGUGGAGCGGGCUUUCGCGGGGGUCACCAGUGGCCCCCCCGAGAAGAAGAUGGGCAUCAAGGGGUCCAACACGGCCGAAGUCCACUUUGAAAACGUCCGGGUGCCGGUAGAGAACGUCCUGGGUGCGCCAGGCGCCGGCUUCAAGGUGGCCAUGAACAUCCUGAACAACGGGCGCUUCGGCAUGGCGGCGGCCAUGGCUGGCACCAUGCGGGCGCUCAUCCAGAAAGCGGUGGACUUUGCCGCUAACCGGACUCAGUUUGGGGAGAAAAUCCACACUUUUGGGGUGAUCCAGGAAAAACUCGCCCGCAUGGCGUUGCUGCACUACGUGACGGAGUCCAUGGCCUACAUGAUCAGCGCCAACAUGGACCGGGGGGCUUCGGACUUCCAGAUCGAGGCGGCCAUCAGCAAAGUCUUUGGCUCGGAAGCUGCCUGGACCGUUUCAGACGAAUGCAUCCAGACCAUGGGCGGGAUGGGGUUCAUGAAGGAAAGCGGAGUGGAACAAGUGAUGCGUGAUUUGCGCAUUUUCCGGAUCUUCGAAGGCACCAACGAAAUCUUGCGGCUUUUCAUUGCCCUCUACGGAUUCCAGAACGCGGGGAACCAGCUUCGCGGUUUGCAACAAGCCGUCAAGAACCCCUUUGGGAAUGCUGGCUUGCUGGUCAGCGAGGCGGGCAAGCGAGUACGCAGGUAUGGCGGAUCUGUGGGCGGUUUCCGCUUCCCAAAGCGGGGUGAACGGGCCGUCCAAGCCAUUGACCUCUUUGCUGGCGUCAUUGAGAACCAGCUCCUCAAACACGGAAAGAAAGUUGUCGAGGAGCAAUUCAUGCUGAAGCAAAUCGCCGACAGUGCAAUUGAUGUCUAUGCCAUGGUGGUCGUUCUCUCCAGAGCAUCGCGGGCGCUGGAGCAAGGCCAGGCCACGGCCCAGCAUGAGAAGGUGCUUUGCGAAACCUGGUGCACGGAGGCCCACCAGCGUAUCACCCAAAGCUUGACCUCUCUCUCGUCCAGCACCACUCAACAAAUCUUCAAGAAUUUUCGGGUCAUCUCCAAAGCGAUGGUGGAGAAGGGAGGGGUGGUCUCCCCUUACACCCUGGGCUUCUGAGACCCCCCCUCCUUAUCUCUCAGCUGCGUUCCUCCCUGGUUGCAACGGGGGGGGCUGCAGCUUUGCG